AUGUGCAUUAUUGGAUUUACUAAUUGUGAACUGGUUUGGAUGCAGGUCGGGUUAUUGUUGAAAUGGACUGGUUUUGAAACAUUUGAAGCAGGGUUGGGAUUGUUGCAGCAAGGCUGGUGUUUAGUACUGAUCUUGUUCGACAAUUUGCUGGAACUGUUAGAAGUAGGUGAGAAAUUAGAAGUAAAAUUGUUGAAAUAUGUUGUUUUGUAUAGGGCAGGUCUCUGUUUGGAUUUUAUGGUGCAGGAUGAAUUUGUUGAAUUGGUCUUGUAUGACUUGACAAAAUUUGGCUUAUGUACCGGUUCUCUAUACAAAACGCAGGGCUGCACAAGUUUCAAUGAUAAAUUGAUUUGGAGCAUUACUUUGGAAGCAUGA